AUGGCUGGGCGGUCCUUCCCGGUCUUGGCGGCCUGUGCGUCGGGCGUGGCCAUCGGCCUAGGGCUGCGGCGAUUGUUGGUUCGUGAGAACCAGGCAGAACAGGCUCAGAAGGAGGAGACGAAUGUCAAGAAGUUUGAGACGAAGAACAUCGACGGAAAAGCCAUCGCGGCGCAGGUCCGUGCUGAAGUCAAAGAAUACGCCGCUCAGCUAAAAGCUGAGUGUGGUGUGACUCCUGGCCUAGCCGUCAUCUUGGUCGGCUCCCGAAAGGACUCACAGUCCUACGUGCGCAACAAGAAAAAGGCUGCUGACGAGGUUGGCUUCCACACGGUGGACGUAACGCUUCCGGACACUGUCACCCAAGAGGCUCUCCUGGUCGAGGUCCAAAAGUUGAAUGACGAUCCGAAGGUGCACGCGAUCCUGGUGCAACUGCCCUUGCCCUCUCACAUCGAUGAAGCGCUCAUUCUCAGCAAAAUCCGUGUUGACAAGGAUGCGGACGGCUUCUCUGCCGAGAACGUUGGCAACCUUUGCUUGCGAGGUGGGGCACCUCCUCUGGCGGUGCCUUGUACUCCGGCUGGAUGCAUCGAGCUGAUCCAGCGCAGCAACGUCCAAGUGGCCGGCAAGACGGCUGUGGUGCUGGGGAGGUCCAACAUCGUCGGCAUGCCGGUGGCACAGAUCCUCCAGUCAAUGGAUGCCACGGUGACGGUGUGCCACUCGCGCACACCAGACAUGCAAUUUUUCCUCAAGCAAGCUGACAUCGUAGUCGCUGCAAUUGGCAAGCCAGAGUUCGUGCGUGGCGAUUGGCUGAAGCCAGGCUGUGUUGUCAUCGACGUCGGCAUCAAUGCAAUUGACGAUGCCACGAAGAAGCUCGGGCAUCGUCUGGUUGGUGACGUGAACUACAAGGAGGCCCAAGGAGUCGCAUCGCAGAUUACUCCCGUGCCGGGUGGUGUAGGUCCAAUGACCAUUGCGAUGCUCAUGAAGAAUACCUUGAACUUGGCCCGUCACAGCGUCCACCUCGCCCGCAUUCCGCUGCGACGGGGCGUGACUCCUCCACCGGCAGCACCUUCCUACGCGGCUAAGACGGAGGCGAAGGGCCCGGCGCUGGCGCUCCCGACGGGCGAGGACCUGGCCGUGGUGGUCUCGUGCAAGGGCCAGAACAUCUGGGAGGCCGCUGUUGCCUCGCAGGCGUUGCGCGCAAAGGUGCAGGAGGUGACCAGCUCCAACUUGCCCCCGGCCUUGCUGCUGGAGGGCGACAAGAACGGAGAUGCCGUCUCCUUGGUGUCCCUCACGCAGAACAACAAGGUGCUUUGCACUGUGAAGGGCAUUACCGAGGCUGUUGCCGCCUUGAGCAGCAAUGGCCCUGCAGUGUCUGCAUCCGCAGCACCCGUACAGGCUGUGAAACUCAAGGGUGAUGUCGCUCUCGUGGUUGGCUGCCAUGGAAACGUUUGGGAGGCAGCAGUGUCUGCCGGCAAGCUCCGGCAGAAGAUGAAGGAUCUGUCUGGAAUGGAAGCUUUGCCCCCAGUUGUGAUGGAGUCCGGGCAAGCCGACGGUGUGUCGGUGAUUGCUCUCGGCAAGGACAUCAAGCACUCGACCGUGGUCUGCAAGGCUGCGGGUGUCAGUGAUGCCUUGACGGCAUUGGGCUGA